GAAGCUUUAAAGGCGUUGCAGCGCGAGUACCGUACAUCCGCAGUAACUUUGAUAUCCUGGGGCGCGGCUGGGCCCGUGGGUUACGUCGUGAGGUUGUGCACUGGGCCUGUCUGGAAGUUGAUGCACGCGCAAUUGAGACUGGCAGGGCGCAAGUGGGACAGGCGCCAGUCGGUGCGCGCCGCCCAGGGACAGCGCAGGUUGUAUCGUGCCGAUGUCGGUGCAAGUCGGCAAAUGGAGACUGUUGCGCUGGGGGAGAUUCGCGGGCUCUUCACGACGUCCGAUAUAUGGAACAUUAUCCCGCCAUCCCCCCGCACGUGCGAGGUGCGAUCGCUGGCUUUCAAGUACUUGAGCGCAUGCGGGUGCAUGGUGAGUGAGAGGAUAUAUGACGUGCGUGGUCGAGCGGAUGUCCAAGUCUUCGCCCGCUUGAACAGCGUGGACGAGUUCAGGGAUUGGUACGCACGGCUUCCAUGCAGACAUGCUGCAGGCUCGUUCGUGUCUUCGUGGUUCGCCUACUGGGAAGGCACUGAGGAUGGCCCCUUUGGGCCUGCUGCAUUCGCUGACAUGUGGGGCUUGAAGUUGGCUUUCCAGGAAGAGACUGCCGCAAUUGAAGAUGGGCAUGCUGCUAUUCGACGGGAUGUCAAUCUGCUGAGCACUCAGACCACGUCGCCUCAGAUCCACACCGUGAGCGCCAAGCACAUUGCCCGCGCAGUUCGAAGACUCGGUAGACUUGUACCGCGCGGUCUCGAUCGCGGCUUGGCUGCAGGGGCCACGGGCGCCGAGCAAGCUGACGACGAGGCCCUUGAGCAGCCUCGCAAACGCAUGAAGAGGGGGAGCUGGACGUUUCGCGCUUUCCUUUCUGAGCAGACUCGCGGGACCAAGGGCGGCUGCGCCGCGCCUGGCCGUGGCCAGCAGUUCAGGGAGACCAGCGCCUCCGGGCGGGAGCGGCUCCACAGGAAGGGCAAGGAUGCCGAGGCCGCUUGGUCGGCAGGAGGUCGAGGUUUCGGCAUGAACAACAGAGACAUUGACAUGGCGUUGCUUCGGCGACGGAGGCUUGAACAACAGAAGCGCUUGUCCGACGAGCUCGUGGCCUCGGGCGUGCCCGCGUUGGAGCCUUCUACUAACGAGGUCGAGGAGCUCGGGGUCUUGCCCUUCACCGAGUGGGGCCAGACGCUGGCGCAGGUCAGCAAGGCUGAGGCUUGGAGGAACAGGAAGACUGCUCAACUCGAUCGAUUGGUCGAUCAGGCCCUUGUCGCCUUCAGCGAGGGCGGGGUGGGCGAGUCCAUGGACUUCUUGAAGAAGGCGGUCGAGUCCACCUGCCCGCACUACGGGCCCGCCCCCAGCACGACUGCCGCCGCGCUAGGUCGAGAGACACCCCGUGCUAUUGCCAUAACUUUGAAGUUGUGCGACAACCCUGUGAAUGUCACAGUGCACAUGUUCAAACAGUUCAAGUCUGCCGUGAAGCGGCGCUUGCACCAGGGUGUUGCGUCGAAGUUGUUGGCACAUUCCGACAUAUUGUACCUGCUGACGCGCAAGGUCGGGGAGCCUCAAGGCGAUGGGCGCGAUCCAGCAUUCAGAGUUGCAGAGCAGCGCCUCUACCAUUGUGGCUGGCAGACCCUCAGCAGAUCUGACUUCCACGGCUACUUUCUCGAGGUCGCCCUGCGCGACGAGAAGGUUGAUGCUGCGGGUGGGCUCCCGUUGGACGAGCUGACGGCCUCAGGCGGUCCGGACUACGACGGCAUUUCUACGUGGGAACACUUGCACCAGCCCGAUCUCCGCGAGAUCAAGUUCUGGGACGGACAGGCCGACGUGGAUGCCGCCCUUGCCCCGAAGCCGUCGAAGCCGAGGGGUCCUCGGAAUCAGCCUCGCCCCCGUCAGCGGGGCCGGAGAAAGAGGUCUGAGCCUUCGCCAAUCCUUGACAUGAGCGGCGGCGAGGGAUAUGACAAGACAGACGAAUCCCACGAGGACUCCGAUGGCGUGCAGUUCCCUACCGCAGAUUCGGAUGUCAGGGGCCUCGACCACCACCAGGACCUUGGCUCCGAUUUUGACCCUGGGGCUCUCGGUGCAGAUGGUCGUCCACUGGGAGGCGAUGGCGGAGAGGUUGGGCCAGGCACUCCAAUUGGCGGCUGCGAGGCGCCAGACGGACGCGCCCUCACCGAUGCCUCGCACGACGGGGGGGCGGGCGAGGACGACCUGGACGCGUCGGCGCUGGGCGCUGCACCUGCGGCGCCUCCAG